CGCUGUGCUUAAGCGAGCUACCCGAAGUUCCUCCGGCACUGUGAAAGCCGCCUUUGCGGUCCAACCUUUCUUACGACCUUACGUUCCCAAGAUCCCUUCCGUCCUUGCGCUAGGAAUUUACCUGUGUACCGCAGAAACUACGUUUAAAUUUUCUCUCGAUCGUUUCGGCUCUGGCCGGGAGCUGUGAUUCGUUACCAGCCAAUCACAUCGAUUGCGUGCCCAGCCUCCGCACGGACAACCUCUGCCACCAUGUUUGUUUUGGGCUCGGGAAAGCCGCCAUCACGGACGUGGAAGCCAUUUUUGUUGUGGGCAGGCUUCUCGCAGUCUCUAGGCCCUCGCCUACCGUUUUGCCGCCAUCUUAACUCCUGGCAGUGGCUUCCGGCCCGCGACGAAGCUGCCCGGAUCAUCUUGCGUUCGGGCGGCGGCUGUGUUUGCCAAACGCGCGGGGAGAGCUGGGAAUAAAAGGAAAUUGACGCGAAACUCGAAAUCCCCAAGCGCCUGAAGUUGGCUGGCUGCAGAGCUUGCUGCCUGCCUAGGCUGUUUCCCCAGCCAGGUGCUUCUCCGCCGGGGACCCUGGGCAGUUACAAAACACAAAAGCCAGAACCCAAACCCCGGCACCAUCCUAGGUAUAUGUUGCUCUGGAAUCAGUAAGCCAUGGCAUCUAAGAAAUUUGCUGUUAAAUGCGGGAAUUUUGCUGUCCUGGUGGAUCUUCAUAUAUCCCCGCAAGAUCCAAACAAAGAUACCAGCUGGUUUUCUGAACAGAAGAAGGAGGAAGUGUGUUUAUUGUUAAAAGAAACCAUUGAUUCAAGAGUUAAGGAAUACUUGGAAGUUCGUAAACAACACAAGCCAUCAAGUCCUGAAUUCACAAGAUCCAAUCCUUUGUCCUUAAAAGGUUAUGGCUUUCAGAUCACAGCCUAUUUCCUCAAGAGAGGGAUACGUCUGCGCUGCAUCAGAAGCUCACGGAAUUCUGAACUCCGUGUAUUCCCUGACAGAUUUGUGGUCUGUGUGAGUCAGCUCGCAUUCAAUCAUGAUCUUUUGGUGAGUCAGAAGGAAGAGCUGACAGAAAGAGCUCUCCAUGGAGUGUCUGAUUAUUUUGCUGAGUGUGCAGAGAAUCCACUUCCUCCCAGUGCAAAGCUCAAGAGAAAUGCUCUGAAAGAAAUUUCGAAAAGAACUGAAACAAAAUGCAGCGUUGUGAGCAAAUCACAGACCAGCAGGCACAUUGUGGGGCCAUCCAGCAACUCAGCAAUGGCAGAGGUAGCAAGGAUACAGGCCUCAUCCAGUUCUCCAUCAGAUUCCGCGGGACAAGAAGAUUACAUAAAGGCAGCUGAGCGCCACUGGGGGCUUCCUGCUCAAAAGCUGGAAAAUGUUCCUCAGAGCCAGCCAGAAGACACUAGCAGCCAGCAAAAACCUCAUCCUGGGGAGCUGUUGAAGACAGGGCUUCGAAGCAGGAGCCCCGUCUGUAGCUGUGAGUCAGCACCACCAGGUCCAAAACAAAGUCCACAAGCUGCCAGAACACAACAGAAGUGCAGGAACUGCGACUCUGAGGACGACUUUGACCACCACAAGAGAGUUUCUCUUGGAAAUGAUCGAUUAGUCCCCAGAGAAAUAAUAGUGGGAGUCGGGGGGUGGGGGGAGGAAGCUGUCAAUGUGUUGCCAACUUUAGAGUUGUCAGAUCCGGGGUUCCUUUUGAAACAAGAUUUAGCAGAAACCAUGUCUAAGGAAGACUUACAUGUUUUGGAAAAUCUUUCCUCCAGACAGCUUAUGAAAAAUAACCCAGGGCAGGCACAGCACAUGGGCUCAGCCACAAACACUGAAAGAUUAUCUAUGAUGCAGGGCAGCCCAACCAAGAAAAGGAAGAAGUUGCAAAGCGUCACCGUUGGGAGGUAUGGCUCCACCCCAGACCUGCUGACCGAGGAGCUCCACCUGAUCCAGAAGUAUGCUCAGGAUCCUGUAGGCGAGGAAAGAGCCAACAGCAGCAACAUCAGUCGAGCUGAUUCUGUGGCAGUAGGUGUGACUGCACAGAACGGAAACCUGAGGGUAGAAUAUGAAAACUUCUCUACUGUUGAGAGUGGUGUAUAUUUUGAUAUUCUUAAUAAUUCAGCAUCUUCGUCUGAGAUCCUGUCAUUCUGCUCUAAGGCGAGGCAGCCCCAGAAGGCCGAGUGUGCGCAGGGCGAGCUGAGCGCUGACCUCUGUGAGGGGGGAGCCAAGGAUGUCCAACCGAGAACUCACAGGAAGCCGAGAAAUAACGGGGCGUGGAUGCGGAGAAAGCCGGAGGUUGUGGUGAAGCCCUACCCUCCACCCGUCCCGGCCCCUUCCCGCUCCCUUCCCUACGCGGAUGCUUAG